ACGUGCUAAAUUUGCCACAGCGCGUUAAAUUGGUCGAAAGUCCCGCAUGUGCCAAAUGAAAACAAUAAAUUCAAAAUUGCGAAUAAAUACAUUAUUAUGAGGAGAUGACUUCAGUGCUAAGUGAAGUACUUUGUCGCGUUUGCCUGAAGCAGGAUGAGCUGAUGGUGGACAUCUACGAGCACGUAGAAGAGCAGCAAACGGAUCUGUGUACCCUACUAGAGCGCUGUGGUGACAUUAAAGUCGAUAAACGGGAUGCAUAUCCAAAGUAUUUGUGCCAAGAAUGCACAAAAGAGCUGCUGAUCUCGGCCAAGUUUCGCGAGAAAUGUGCAGCCACGGAACAGGCGCUUAAACAAAGAACGUUGGAACGUUUAAAGGACGAAGCGCCAGCUUCUGCUAUUACCGUCUUGGCUGGCGAGGAGCUGGUGGUGGACGAUUAUGAGGAGGACACAAUGAAUGCGGAUGACAUUAUUACAUUCGAUCCCAGCGAGCAUGUGGAAUUAUACGAAGAAUGCGAGACGGAAGUGCCAGACGAAAAAGUAGCGACAACUUUGGAUAACGCACCUGAAGGUCUUCCAUCCAAUGCCCAUUACAACUGUGAUGAUUGCGGCGCUGUUUUCCAGCAGGCAGCCACGCUGCAGCGGCACAUUGGAAAGGCACAUCCCGCAGCAGACAUCCACGAUUGCCCUCAAUGUGGUCAUAGCUUUACUCAGAAAAGCAAUUUGGAAGCGCACAGUUGCACCGGAUCGGAUGUGCCGGUCGAGAGUAUGCGAGCGCAGCGGGCACACCAUCGUUGCGUCCACUGCGGCAAGUGGCUGCAAUCUGCCUCGAGUCUGGUCAUGCAUCUUCGCCUGCACAAUGGCGAAAGGCCCUUUGUCUGCGACGUUUGCCCAAAGACUUUCAAAACUAAUGGCGCACUGGUAGCCCACCAGAAAAGACACCUAAAGCUGGUGGAGUUUGAGUGCGCAUACUGUGGCAAGGGUUUUGUAGAGUCAAGCAAUCUGCGUCGACACGUUGCCUCGUUGCAUACGUCGGAACGGCCACACACUUGCACCAUCUGCCAGCGAACCUUCUCCCGCGUCUAUCUGCUUGAGAUGCACAAGCGCACCCACACGGGUGAGCGGCCAUAUGCAUGUUCUCUCUGCGAUCGCAGCUUUGUCCAGUUGAGUGUGCUGCGCACUCAUGAGCGCAUCCAUACUGGCGAGCGGCGACAACGUUGCGACCUCUGCCAGAAGACCUUCAGCCGGAUGAUCCAGCUAAAGAAACAUCAACUCAAGUCCUGCCUACGUGCGGGCACACAAACAACCGAAGAAGUUGUGUCGUAGCUACUAGCAGGAGGCAUCAGAAGUUGUAGCAUUAAGGUCCUCGAUUCUUGUAUAUAAAUAAGGCAGGUUUACCUAUGUGCUCGAUAGGUUAUCUUACUAGGUUAAAUAAUAUAGAGCCUAUUGUGAACUUUGCUAACAAAGUUUUUUGGAUGUCUUGCCAGUGCACAUCGGGAAAUACACUUGUGAAUGGUUAACAGCAUACGUUUUUCAGAAAGGAUCUUUGAUUUCAAGGCUGAGUUCCACCAUGCGGUAAACUUCAGCGAACCCAGAUAUGCGAAAAACCUAUUGCGGACUAUCUUAUAAAUCCGUUUAGGUACAGCAAGAUGCUAAAUAAGCUCGUAAAUACUGACUUAGGAGUUGCUUAAUAUAGCUUAUGUUAUUUCCAUAACGACUAUCUUUCGGAAUAGAGUUCUUAAAUGGAAAACUUUUCUUGGAAUACCUUAAACAAAACCAGCAACAUUUGCGAGAAGCAUUUAUAAUGUGUUGACCAAAUUAGCUCAUAAACACAAAGCUAGGCUUAGAUAAGUAGUUAUUACUUAUCCUUAAAUAUUAUUUUAAAUAAAAGUAGUAAUAUCUCUCAAAGAAA